AUGUAUGCUGUUGACUCUGCAGGUUGCAAGAUCAAAGCCCUGCGGGCCAAGACCAACACCUACAUCAAAACCCCCGUUAGAGGAGAGGAGCCUGUGUUCUUAAUCACUGGCCGGAAGGAGGAUGUUGCACUGGCCCGCCGUGAAAUCAUCUCUGCUGCAGAGCACUUCUCCAUGCUCCGGGCGUCCCGCAACAAGCUGGGAGUGUCGUUUAGCGGCUCCCCGCCCACACCUUUGCCAGGUCAGACCACCAUUCAGGUGAGAGUGCCAUACCGUGUCGUGGGGCUUGUAGUGGGGCCUAAAGGCUCCACCAUCAAACGCAUCCAGCAGCAAACCUGUACGUACAUCGUCACUCCCAGUCGAGACCGCGACCCUGUCUUUGAAAUCACGGGGUCACCCAGCAACGCAGAGCGGGCCCGCGAGGAGAUUGAAGCACACAUCGCCUUCCGAACAGGAGGCCUGCACGACCACAAUAAUGAAAAUGACUGUCUGGGGCCGAAUGGUGGAAGCAGCCCAGCGGGCAGCAGUGGUGGUCUGGAGAGCCGGCUACAGCAGGUGUGGGGGCUGCAGGGGGGCCAGCGCAAGCCUCUCACCAGCAGCUACCGCCAGAACUUCUCAGAUGCCAUGGUUGGAGGGGGAGGAGGAGGUGAGGGAGGGGGAAUUUACAACAAGAGCAACUUCUCCAGCUCCGGGGAGAAGCCUUGCUCUUAUUUUGGAUCAGAGAGUACCCAAAGCUGGGGCGAUCCCGACUACCCCAAACAGGUGGCCUUCUACGCCCAGCAGCGGUCCAAGAGCUUUGGAGGCCUACCACUCCCCCUGACCAGACUCUCCCCUGGCUUACCCGAGUCCUGCGGAGGUGGAAGCAACAACAACUCUUCAGUCACCAGCAUUGUGCCCAUAUCCGGCUCACCUCAUGCCCAGGCCCGCCGCGCCCACAGUGAGCCCACGUCAGCCGGUGAGGGUUUCCCAGGCCGUCUGCCAGUGCCGGACUCGCCGCCGGCCACUGUGCGGGACUGCAUGACCUGCUUUGAAAGCAAAGUGACGGCUGCUUUGGUGCCCUGUGGCCAUAACCUCUUCUGCAUGGAGUGUGCCAUCCGAAUCUGUGAGCUCAACCACCCGGAGUGCCCAGUGUGCCACACCCAGGUCACACAGGCCAUCCGAAUAUUCUCUUAAGGAACCACAUCAGUUUUUAUCAUUAGUUUUGUCAGUGUUUGUUUAAUAAUUAUUUACUGUUAUUAUGAUUAUUAUUAUAAUACACAUUUUGUUUUUCAGAAAAUUUACAAUCAAGCAGAUAUUUUAGAAGGCACUGCUUGCUUUACUAAAAAGUAUAAGAAAUAUUUUUAAGUUUUUCUUUUAUAUAUAUAUAUGCAUAUAUAUUUUAUAAAAGUUUUGUUUAUAAGAGAAGUAUAGUACCUUGCAUUUUCAGUUUUUUUUUGACUGCUGCUGUUUUUCAUUCAUGAAUCACAGUGUAGGCAGAGGUAGACAGUAAUGUGAACAUUUUAUUAUUCAAAUUUUUUAUUUUACCAUGAAGUGGGUUUAUAUGGAAGGAAGAAGAUGAUUGUUGAGGUACCCAAUCUGCACCUGACUGACCCAGAAAGUUAAUGUUGUUAUCAGGAGGGGAAAAACAGAAUUUCCAUUGCACCUUACAAUCAUCUCGGUCUAAAAUAGGAUUUUUAAUCAUACCUUGAAUUAUUGGGAGCUGAUGUGAAGGUGAAUUCUGCUUUUUCAGUUUUUACUGUGAUUGUGGUUUGAUAUAAUUGGCCCAAAUAGAUAUUCAUUCUAGCUUAAUGAAAAUGUGAAUAGAUUGGUUCGAGUCAAAGCUUUGUAAUCUUUACACAAAAACAAAACACAGCCCCCAUAUUUCAUUUUUACACCUUAAAGUCUUAUAAAGCAGAUUGAUGCUACAAAUAGGACAUUGCAUCAUUUAUUUAUUGAUAAUUGGUUACAUUUUAUUGGUAUCAUCAUUCACAGAGAUAGAUGAAAGUUGUAUGAAGUAUCAGUAACCAGUUUCCAGUAACCAUUGGUUACACUCUGGUCACUGCAGUUUGUGGAAAAGAUUCAGUAAUGCUUGCUCCUCGUGGCACUUGAAAAGCAUGUGGUUGGCUUAAAGCACUGAUUUAAUUUGAGGCCGAAAGCCUUGGAAUUCAUCCAGUUGGCUAGUUCUCGAUAUCUGUCUCCCCAAUGGACUUGUUUCAAAGCCACCUUAACCGUGCUUUAUUGUCUUGUGUGGUCAUUUGGCCACAGUCGCCCAACGAUAUAGAACGCUGCAAGAGCUCCAGUCAACAAGCAUUUCAACAUAGACAGUGUAAAUAAAGAGGAGAAUUAGUAUGUGGACAGAAGCCGGGUAAAAUGUUUCCUGAAUCAGCAGCAGACUCUGAUUAAAAUAGUUGACACUGUAAAAUACGGAGUCCCAAAUCAGUAAUCCUUACUCCACGUCCCCCAUUAUGUGUGAGCUCCAAGGAGCCAGCUGUCUCCCCUGCAAUUAGCAAAGCUGUACAGGAGCAGGUGUUUCACGGCACACUGUAGCUGUGACCUCAAGUUGGAGGUUUCGAUUAGCCCCCUUUCUUUCUCUCUUUUCUUUGGGAGUGGCUUUUAUGUCUCCCCCUGCUUACAGUUUGAUUGUUUGCUUUCGAAGGCCUCUCUGUCUGGGGUGUAUUGUCUGGGCCCGGUAGCGGCGUGGGCUGCAGAGUGCUCGGACACGGCCUGGAUCUACUCAUUGAUAAUUAGGCAAAUGGGUUGGUCCAGGUGCGGACCGUGUGGGGACUCUGGAGCUGUAUAAGGGGGACGACAGGGUCCUGCAGCGAACCCCAUACUUCCCCCGCCCCACUGUUACAAGCACAGAGGGGGCUGGAUGGUCGGGAUGCAGCUGGGCGAAUAGGACCCCCUCCUUCCACUCCCUCUUGCCCCUUCCUCCCCCCUUUUCCUCUCCUUUUCUGCUGCUCUGAGCUGUCCCUACUGGGAAGAGGGGGGCCUCUUUUGUCCCAAAACACACACACACACAUACAGAAUUUGAAAGACACUAGCUGUAUUUGGCAGCGCCUGUGAAAUAAGGGGAGGCUUAAGAGCAAAAUAAAUUAUCUACAGUUAUCAGGAGACACCACAGUUACCUGUUUUUAAUGUUAAUUUGCCGUAGAUUCUUUUCCAAAUUAUGAAAAUGUACACCGUCACAUACAAAAGAAAAAUUGCGUGAUCUCAUCACAUGGGGUGCAGCAUUAACUCCCCCUCCACUCCCCAACCGCACCGCCCUGAAAUUUGGAUAGGGUUCCUGUUUGUGUGACAGCGCCAGUGCAGAUCAUGUCAGCUCGCUACUGUAUGGGACACAUCCUGCAGCUGCCCCUUCACUAUGGACACCCGGGCUUCAGCCAAUGGCCGCGCCCCCCCCUCGCUUUGAGCUUCCAGAAUGAAAUCAGACAAUUGUAAUUGACAGGAAAGCAGAGGAAACGCCCCAUUUAACCAGCACUCAUGCUGAAUCAAAUUACACACCCUCUGCGUCUGCCUUAGCCCCAGCCUGGGGAUUUCUGAGGGCUGGAGGAGAGCGGAUGGGGGUAGGGAUUAAAGCUGUUGAAUGAUAGGAGGGAAGGUUUGGGGGUGGGGGGGGAGAGAAGUAUGCUCCCAAAAAAAAAAAUGAAAUCGGGCAGAACUAGAAAAUGUAUUUACCAUUCAAGUCCUGCAGCAAGUUUUGAGUUGUCUCGUGCGGGCCAGUGCUGAUGACAGGAAACCUUUCUUGUGUUGUAUUGGAGAACUUUUCAACUCGGCUUCUGUCUCAAAAAAAAGAUCAACCAUUACAGAUAGUGUCUUCCAGGACAAAAAAGCUCCUGCUUUCAAAAAAAACAAAGAUAUGAAGCAGACCACUUGCAUUAUGUGUGGACUGCAGCGAGAGCAGCGUACUUGCAGAGAGUACCCUGAAAUCUAUCAGACGUAGAAAUAAAGAAUAGUUAUGAUUUUAUGGAUAGAGAAAUUGCACAGUGGUUUGGCCUAAGCUUUCAACAACAAAUUCAAGGCAGUAUGGCACUGUUCUUUGAACUUUUGUAUUUUUUGUUAUUUUUGUUUUCUGCCUAUAUAUUUUUUAUUCAAAUAUUGCCAUUACUUUGGCAUACAAAGUAGCAACUUUGGCCUUUUGAUAGAACCGCCCCCUUAAAUAACUGUUAAAGUACUUAUUUUUGGAGAAAAGAAUGUGAAUCAAACUGCUUGGGUUGGGAUAAGAGGGAUUCAGGAAAUUAGGCUCUUAAAACACUGCUUAAAUUAUAGAGUAAAGCACCUUAUUACAAAACAUGCGCAUUUGAUUAAUACCAAACCGACCACUGAUGGUGAAAUACGUUUCAUAGAAUUUGAAAGACAUGCACAUAAGGAUUCCCUAUCAUUUUUUUGUAUUCUGGUGGUUCUUGUUAUUCUUAAUACUACAGUAGUACUAGUGGUCAUGUGGGAGACCUCUCAUCCAUUUAGUCAGUGCUAAUGACUUGGUUGGGUUUUGUACUGGCUUAAUGAAGAGAGGGCUUAUUGGAGAUUCUCCCUGUUUAGACGCUGUAUAAGUUAAUAAGUAUUGUACUUUAUGGAACGCACUCUGAGCAUCUAUGUAAAUACAGUAUGUGUGUCAGUUAUGAACAUCCAAAGGCCUGCUUGAAGUGAGGUUUUGAUUAUUUUUUACAAGCUGAGGGUGUCAUUGUCAAUGUUUUAGCAUAUGGAAUUCAAAAUGUCUGAGUUUUAGGGAGAGUAAAUCUUUUAUAUAUGCGUCCCAUCAUCCGUUUUGACUAUAAUAGUAUAUUAGAUAGAUCCAUACAUUUAAGACAAAUUAUUUAAACUGAUUAACUUAAGUAUUUCAUCCAAAUAUAUAGAUGAGAAAUUAACCAGACACUACUAUAAACUGUAAUAAUGAAUAUCCUUUAUGAUGCCGCUGAUGUAUAAAUCAAAUCAAAUAAAAACUGGAAUGAAUAGUAUGUGUAAUAACCCCUAAUGAAUGAAUCCGUUUCUAUGUAUCUUAGGAUGAAAAGCAAUAAUAGGACUAUACUGGGACAAUAAACAGAGAAGCCUUCUAAGUCAAUUCUUUAAAUAAUAUUCUAUUCAGAAAUUGACCGUGAUUAUUAGGAUGAUUCCAUUGCAUUCAUGUCUCAUAUCUGCUUAAAAUUCAUUAUGGAUUCAUGCCAGUGUAGAAACAGAGAUAUAAUUAAUUAGUAAGAGUUUCAGGAUAAGUAAUUGUUCUUGUUGUGUUCAUCAGGGUCUUAAGUCGUUCUGAUUGCUUAAUUAUUUUAUUUUUUACGUUUAUCAAUCAGGUCACAGGGUGGGUCAAUGAUUCCUUCUGCUGAAAUGAUAAAACUGCAAUUUCUGUGGCUUAGAGGAAAUCUCAUUGCGCUGUAAAAGUGAUCUGUCAAGUGUAAACAAACAACUAGAGCAGAGCAUAAGCACCAAGGUCUGCCUGUUUGCUAAAAAGCAGGAGCUGGUGAAUUUGCUUAUGACGGACUGAUGUCUCAAAGGCUUUAGUCAAAAUAACAGCACUGAGAAGAAGAGGGUAGGACAAACAUGACACAAUGUGCUGUACCAGUCACUCAUGUUGAUUCUUUACCCUCAUUAGUCCUUAAGUUACAUACAAGGGCAGAGGUGUUACUUAUAGCAUAUCUUAAGAUGAUUUCUGUUUACAUAGUAAUGAUAUUUUUCAUGAAUUUUUAUACUUGUUUUGCAUCUACUUUUUUUUUCUUUUUCAUCUGUAUUGUUUUUGAAAGAAAAAGGUCAGACAUAGCCAAAGAACAAAACACAAGAAGAGGACUUAUCACUUUAGUUAACUUAUUUUAGCAUCAAAAUCAACUUGGUUAAGAGUUUAUUGAAUCAGGAUUAUUGAGAAAUAAUCUCAUAGCUAGAAUUACUCUGUUUACCCAAAAAUCUUAGAGGCCACUCCAUCGAUAUCUGUGAAAUGAAGGCAUAUCACGUUUCAGUGUUGUAAGAUUAGUUUAAUACUACAGAGGCGCCGGUAACAGACUUACUUCUCCCCAAAGAGAUCAGCUUAAAGCACAUCCUGGCACUUACACAGUCCUUUGAGUAGUUUUCUAUUGUCAUGGUUAGGUUAAUGGGAGAAAAACAGUCCAGUGAAUGGCUUCAUCGUUCUGAAAAACUUGCCUGAUCUGGUUGAGUUCAGAUUUAAAAAAGAAAAAAGGACUGCCCACGUAUUUAAAAAAAACAAAACAGACUGUGAUGACAAUGACAAGCCAGUGAAAAUUCAGGCUGAAUUCCUAAUUCUUAAAACCCUCAUUGUAAACCGUAAGGAUUUAGAUGUUAACAAGGUUGCAGUGUGAUAACAAACAAAACAUCACUGUGGUUUUAGUUGAUAUCGUCUAGAGAGCCAUUAACUGUAUCCUUGAGUUUAACUGCAUGUUAGUAAAAUAUAGUACAUUAGGUAAGAUUUAUCAGGAAAAAAAGUUAAGAUCUCAUAAAGUUUCAUCAGCCUGAUACCUGAAGUGUAUAAAAAGCUUUAAGACCUUUAAGUGAACAUCGGUUUAAAAUCAUAUAUUUACUGUGUAGUUUUACUAAUUAAUACAUUAAGUUAAAUGAUUCUUAAGAAUAUGCUAUGGUGUAAGUUUCAUUUGUCCAGCUCACCCAAUAUGAAAAAGUCUUUAAUUCAGUGGAGCAACAAAGGGGUGGAGUGACUCAGUGACACUUGAUUUAUUAAGUUCUUGUUAGUAUUAUUUACAAUAUUGUAUUAAUCUUACUAUUAUAGUAAUGGUAGAAACUAUUGUUUUUUUCUUCUCUUGAUAUGAAAAGGUCGUUAUGCAUUUAUGUAGAAUCCCUUUUAAGGAGUGAUAGGAAAUCCUUAUUCUCAAUGGAUGCACUUAAGCAAUUGUACCAACUUGUCUAAAUCACACAUUGAGAAAGUAUGCAUUUGAAUGUUUUAAAGAAAAGGAAAAAAAAAAAAGACCACUCAACUCAAUGCACUCCUUAUGCUUAUUGUUUUGUCAAUUUACAAGUGAGCUUUAAGUUUUUCUUUGUUUUAUGGAGAGAAUUUGCAACAGGUUUUCAACGUAGACUAUAUUUGAGUUCUUCCACAUACAUUUAUAGAAAGUAACUUAAAAUGAAUUAAAAAAAAAAAACAUAUUACAGUUUCUCAAAUCUAUUUUGCUAACAUGGGUUAUUAUUUCAUAGAAAGCAGAGGAAAAAAGUCAGUAUCUGGAUGUUAUUUAUGAAAAGUUAAAAAAAAAAAAAAAUGAAGCAACAUAUUUAUGAGUAACCUCAAGACAUUUUGUUUUUUAAUUAAAAUGACAAGAAGUUAAUAUAUUUCUAAACACAGGGAGGUCAGUUUCUACUAAUAAGUAAAAUGAGAAAAUAAGUUUAGAAGUUUUAUUUAUGAAAGUUGUGGAUGCUCACCUGUCCGUGUACUUUAAUGACGGACAUGGAACGAGAGCUCCCCAGAGCUGAAAUUUUAACUUCAGACAUGCACUACUUUAACAUCAGUGCAUUCACAAUGGAAUAAUUACAGAAAAUAAUAUAAUAUUUUUUAGAAUUUGGAGAUAUUUUAGUCACAGAGCAUCAAUUUUGUGCCUCAAUUAUAUAUUUUUCCUGCAUCAGCAUUCUUUGUGCAGUGCUGCUUGCUGUAACCCCUUCCCCCCUUCAACUAACCCCAUGUUACUGACUGAAACACAUAACUCAUUUCCUCUGUAAUCUAAACUCGCUUUUACUUAUCGAACGUAUAAAACAUGUUACGACUACAAUGCUUGGAGUGAAUGAGGCAGCUGUGACCCUCUCGCCAUUGGGGCCACACAUAACUUGUACACUUUCAUUCACACAUUUUCUACAUCUACUACUCAGGACAGUUUGUGAUCAAUAGUGACAGAGCCUAAUCAUUUUAGAGGAAGCCUUUUAUGAGACUUUCCCUAAUAUGUUAAUUAGGUGAAAUGUGCAAAUUGAGCGAAGGCACCUGAGAAAGACAAAAGCGCACCGUGUAGUAGAUCUAUGUUACUUGAUGCACACAUAUACACACACACACACACACAACAGGUUCAUUACCGUACUAGCUUGCAUGUAUGUUGUAUGGUCACUUAGACAGGAGAAAUGGUGCAGGCCCUGUGUUAUGCUUUAACAUCAGUGCACUCAUUUCUCCUCUGUAGAUUUUCAUAGUUGGAGUCUCUUUGGAAACUGAAAAAGUUGACAUGUUUGGAGCCAGGCAAAGAGACCAUUUCAGUCCCCACAUCAAAGUUGGAUUUUAUAUUCUCAGUUACCGGUUGGUGAUGAAAGACCGUUUGCACCUCAUAUGAAUUAACUUGAAGUUUGUGUACGAGUUGAAACGGAUAAGAAAAACUUGACAAAAACACUACAAUGGCACAUUUUCUGAUGCACGUAAAGGAUGGGGACUGAAGUGGCGCUGGCUGGU